ACUUAGCCCACUCACAUCCCCUCAAGUCACCACCGCGACAAACACCCUCACACACUUACAAUAUCCUGCAAUGGCCCGCGCUUAUACGGCCGAAUCCUCUCGUGCGGCAAAGACCCACUCACCCGCGCCUCACCUCGAACCGCCAAGCUCGAUACCGCCAAUGCCGUAGCUAGGAACUUGAGUAGGGGCUUCAUGUCGUCCGAGAAGCUCGUAGGGUAGGUAGAGUCGUGAAUGGGGAAACGGAGAGGAAGGAAGGAAGGAGGGAAGCAAAGGAAGAAGCACCGGAUUCUGAGAUGCUCGCCCGUCACCGUCUUAAUAUACACUUCCUCAUUCACCACCCGCAGCAGGAACCAACCAAUCCUCCCACCGCCCUCCUCCUCCCCUGCCGUCCCCAACCCCAACCCAGCCAAGCGAACCUCCCCAAUUAUACCUAGGCACCGCGCACGCCUACACCGCUCACAAACGGCACCCGCAGCUGGAGAGAUGUCCAAGGUCGAUCACACGGAACAUAUCCAACUUCCCUCCUUCCCACCGCAGAAUCCUUGCGUAACAUUCCACCAACAGCAGCAAGCUUACAAGCUUACCGUCGGCACAAAAAGUAACUUACAUUUCCCCCUCCCCCGCCUCGCCCUCUGCUGCCUUCCAAGGUUCUCCUGGAUCGUCAUACGAGAUAUAUUGUAGUAACCCUAGUAGAUCUGCGGGAUGAGUAGAUUGCGGCGCGGGGGAGGGGCGGUACCGGGGUUUUGUCCCGAUGCCCGCUGCGGGUCCCAUUUAUUUGUUGUUGAGGGGGAAACGCAGGGGCAGGCGCGUCAUCCCGAGGUUGGACUUUACGGUGAGGAAGAAAUGCAGUUGGCAUACCGGUAGACUAGUAGUAGGAG